AUGAUUCCCGAUAACCGUUGCAUUCUGAUGCACAAAAACCAGUCCCGACGAGGUCUACUCGCGGCUUGCGCCGGUUCCCUUACCAAAUUCAAGGACAGCAUGGAGAAACAAGCGCAUGCGAUGGCUAUCAGGCUGGGGAAGUAUCAGCGUGACUGUUUGAAAUGGGAAUAUAAACUAGCCAAAGCGGUUGGCUUUUUUCAUGAAGAUAAGGUGGAUAGAGCCUACAGAGGCUUCCUGGUAGCGCUCACGGAACAGCCCGUCUGGCUUCUCGAUGAUACCGCCAAUGGUGCUGCCAUUGGUGCAGCUGAGCCUUGCUGGACCGAAGAGCUGAUCGGCUUUGCCUUCCCGUGGAAGCCGAAGAAACUGAAGCUCGUUUUACAGAAUCUUCAAACCGUUAUUGCCAACCUUGACGAGGAGGAUGGACAUGCUGCUGGCACAAUAAAAAUACAGGGUGUAAAAAGUAUAAAAACAUACAACAGAAGGGAUUCGCUGGUGGUCACCCACCCAACUACUAACCUCCCGGCGUGUGGCUUAAGUACGGCUGAGCGGACGGGAAGCCCUGUUCUCCACACCCUGUGGUCGAAUAAAUGUACGCUCAUUUUGGAUGGAAAGCUCUAUCCGCCGCAACACACUUUUCAAUACGUAACGGUUCGUGCGCCGGCCAUUGAUCUUCAUAUCAUGGUAGCUGAGCCAGGCCUGGAGCAUAGUUUCGAGGUUUUUCGACAGAGUUUGAGGCGCAGGUAG